AUGAGGCCGUUGAUUGUAAUCCAAAUGGACAUCGAGAAAAAAAUAUGCCUAGACCAAAAGGGAAUGCUGCGGGUUGACAGUCGUCAUCAAGCUGCGAUAGAUAUACCUUCGUCAAUGAAAUUUCCUAUCAUUUUACCGGAACGCCACCGGCUGACGGAACUCAUCGUUGCCAGUUUCCAUGAACAGCAUUUUUACGCAAACUCCGAGACAGUGGUUAACGAGCUACGCCAGGUUUAUCACAUCCCCAAGGUAAGAGUCGUCGUCAAAAGGAUCGUACGCAACUGCCAAUGGUGCAAGGUGAAGAAAGUCCUUCCCCGCGUUCCUAGAAUGGCUGCACUCCCCACGCCACGGCUGGCAACCUUAGUGCGUCCGUUCACUUUCGUCGGUUUGGACUUAUUCGGACCUCUAACAGUCAAAGUCGGUCGAAGCCAGGUCAAGAGGUGGGUAGCGUUCUUCACCUGCCUGACGAUACGAGCGGUCCACGUAGAAGUUGUCCACAAUUUGUACACGCAGUCCUGCAUCAUGAGCAUCCGACGGUUCAUCGGGCGCAGAGGACCUCCUGCUGAAAUCCACUCCGACAAUGGCACCAACUUCUACGGAGCCUCACGAGUUCUACAAGAGCAGAUGAAAGCAGUUCACGACGAUCUAGCCACGACGUUCACCACUAGCACUACCGAAUGGGUCUUCAUACCACCAGGCACCUCCCACAUGGGCGGCUCGUGGGAAAGAAUGGUGCGGUACAUCAAAACCUCAAUGGAAGCGGCAAACGGGAAACGAAGCUUAGACGACGAAGCGCUGUUGACCUUGACCAUCGACGCCGAGUACAUGGUGAACUCCAGACCACUGACGUACAUGCCAUUGGAGUCGAACGAAAGCGAAGCCCUCACUCCAAACCACUUUCUCCACUGCAGUUCAAAGGGCAUAAAAUCGCCUACAGCCCAGCCAACCAACGUCAUGGAGGCGCUACGCACAACCCUGGGGCAGGUAAAUCAACAGUUGGACAUCUUCUGGCACCGAUGGAUCCUAGAAUACUUGCUGACGCUAACUAGCCGCACCAAAUGGUUUGGGCAGGUGACGCCAAUAGCCGAAGGGAACCUGGUCGUUAUUAUCGAUGAGUCGAAGAGGAACAAUUGGGUUCGGGGCCGGGUUGUCAAGUUACUUCCGGGGGCUGAUGUAGUCCGGCUCGGAUGGGAAGCACUGGUUUGGUCCAACACCAGCCAUCCGAGCAUCUGCCGCACUGACUGUCCGGUCAGUGCUCGCUCUGAAAUUCAAACGCACAGUCCCAGCCUUUCGUGGAAGGAAGCAACCCGGAUGGAUAGUACUGGCGUUCAGGUCCUACGCCAGCCAUCUGGGCACCUGCAGUACUGGCUGUCCGGUCAGUACUCGCUGCGGAUGUACUCCGCAGUGUUUCUUCAGUUUUCACAUAGACGAUAA